AGGUCGCAUGCACCGGAAGUAAGUAGAAUGUGACGUUGAGACUCAGAGUGAAAGUAGGACGGAAGAAAGCGUCGUUGCAACCGGGAAUAUUGUCACAUAAAGCACGCAAAGUUUCAGAAGUAAUCAUGGCUGAUGUGUCUUUGUAUGUAUUGCCCUCGGAGACAAAGGUCGCCCUGCUGGACUGUCAGACAGCCUUCAAUGGAUUGACUGAUCAGGAAAGACUCUAUGCACAUUAUAUCUCUCAAGCCUCCUGGUAUGGAGGGCUGAUCUGCCUUAUACAGACUUCUCCCGAAUCCCCUGGGAUAUAUCUGUUGAUAAGCAAACUCUUCAGAUGUCAGAAAGUAGAAGAACUUCAAUCUGCAGCAGAGGCACAGGGUGUCACAAAAGAAGAAUACCAAGCAUUUCUGACCUAUGUUGCUGGGUUUUUGUCCAAUGCUGGGAAUUACAAAUCAUUUGGUGAUAGUAAAAUUAUUCCAAAUCUUCCCAAAGAAAAAUUUGAGAAGAUUUUGAUGAGCAGCAAGGCAGCCAAGGAAAUUCAGGGUUUGUGGCAGGAAGUGUCCGAGCGAGUGUACUCUCUGGUGGACCGGCAGAGGGAGCUGGGACUAGGGGAAAAGGGAACUACUAGCUACUACUCUGAUAACUGUGAUUUAGUGGAUGCCAAAGUUGCCCAGGAGUUUAUGAGUGCCAAGGAUAUCAGUCCCUACAACACCAGGUUGUUUAAAACACAGGAGGGCGGAAAAGAUUGUUAUGAAGUGCGACUAGCCAGCUCGAGUUCCUCAGGUGAUGAUUUGCCAGGGGUUAGUGGGCCUGUUCUAGGAUCUCAUGACUUCACUCCCAAGGAAACUGGAAAACCUUGCAUCUUUAAGGUCACCAGGGGAGACUACUCAGGUCUGAUGGCAUUAGUCGUGGAAAACCUGACCAAAGCUGCAAAUUAUGCUGCCAAUGAAGCAGAGAAGAAGAUGCUGAAUGGAUACAUCAAUUCCUUUACAACGGGAUCCAUUCCUCAACAUAAAGAGGGUUCUCGACACUGGAUCCAAAACAAGGGACCAAUUGUGGAAACGUACAUAGGGUUUAUUGAGUCUUACAGGGACCCUUUUGGAGUACGUGGUGAAUUUGAAGGCUUUGUGGCAGUGGUGAACAAGGAGAUGAGUGCCAAGUUUACACAACUCGUUGAUCAAGCGGAACACCUGCUACCACUCCUGCCCUGGCCAGCUGCAUUCGAGAAGGACAAGUUCCUGCGUCCGGAUUUCACCUCCCUUGAUGUAUUGACAUUCGGAGGAUCCGGAAUUCCUGCGGGAAUCAACAUUCCUAACUAUGAUGACAUCAGACAGGAUGAGGGCUUUAAGAAUGUCUCGCUUGGUAAUGUGUUAACUGCUGGUUAUAAGGAUGACAAAGUCAGCUUUUUGGAUGAGAAAGAUCGGGAGCUCUUCAUAAGGUUGAAAAUCCCAUCCUUUGAAGUACAGGUUGGUCUUCAUGAAUUGUUGGGACAUGGAAGUGGGAAACUAUUCAUCAAGAAUGAAGAUGGCACCUACAAUUUUGACCAGGAAUCUGUUGUAAAUCCAGAAACAAAUGAAAAGAUUACACAGUGUUACAAUGAGAAUGAAACUUGGGACAGCAGAUUCUCCACAAUAUCUUCGUCUUAUGAGGAAUGUAGAGCAGAAUGUGUGGGAAUAUAUCUUUGUCUAAGUUCAGACGCACUCAGGAUAUUCGGUUUUACAGAUGAGUCUGCAGAUGAUGUGAUUUAUAUCAACUGGUUGAACAUGGCUCGAGCUGGUUUGCUUGCUCUUGAAUUUUACACACCAGAGACUCGUGCAUGGAGACAGGCACACAUGCAGGCCAGAUUCUGCAUCCUAAGAGUGAUGCUGGAAGCGGGCCAAGGUCUUGUGACUAUCACCAAGACAACAGGGGAUGAUGGGAAAGAGGAUAUUCUGCUGAAACUGGACAGAUCCAAAAUUACUGGUGUCGGCAAGCCUGCUGUCGGAAACUUUCUCAGAAAGUUACAGGUCUACAAAACUCUUGGAGAUGUUGAAUCCGGGAAGAAGAUGUACGAUUACUACUCUGAUGUCCAUGAUCGUGAUGAGCCACACUUCCUCAGCCUCCGUACUAUUGUUCUGCAAAGGAAGCAACCAAGGAGGAUGUUUGUACAACAUAACACUGUAGUCAAUGGAAGCACGGUUGAGUUGAGGAGUUAUGACGCUACUGCUGCAGGCCUUAUUCAGUCGUGGAUCGAACGAUUUCCAGAUAGGGACCUUGAGGAUAAAAUGAUGAAGUUAUGGGAGAAGGAAAAGCCAUAUUUCACUUUGUAAAAUGUGACAGACAUCUACUUGGUGGUAGUGGUCCAAGAAAAUUCCACUCUGAAACUGCAUAAUGCUACUAACUGACUAUUUACAUUGGAUGCUAUGAAAUUCAAGGAAAACAAACUGAAUUGAAUAAUCAGAUCUAAGAUCAUGUAAAAUCAUGCAUUCUACCAUUAAAAAAUGACAAUUAUUUAAUUUUCUGUGAUAUUUAUAUCAAUUUUACCAGUGUAUACCAUAUGACACAAUGACAGUUAUUCAUUUUCUUUCUUCUGGUUUGAAGUACAUGUAGCACCUCCCUGAGGCAAAAAGCAUUUCCUAUGGUAAUUAAAGAGUGAAGGAGUU